CGCCGCCGGAGAACAUUCUCACCGACCACGGCGCACAGCUUUGCCGACGGUGAUUCUGCCGCCGAGAUGUUGCCGGAGGCCAAAGUCCUCCAUCGACGGCGCGCCCUCGCUGCGGCGCUCUUCUUCGCCACCGUUGCUCUCUCUUGCUUAGUCCUCUUCAGAGAUGUUGAUUCCUAUCGAUUCUUAUCCAGCUUACCUUCCUCUUAUCCUUUGUCUGGUUUUCCUAGCAUUUUUCCUUUGGCGUCCAACGAUCCCGCUGCGACUAGCAAUGAAUAUCCACUUGAAAAAAUCCUGAAUGAGGCUGCCAUGGAAGACAGAACUGUUAUCUUGACCACCUUAAAUGAAGCAUGGGCAGCUCCAAAUUCAGUCAUCGAUCUUUUCCUUGAGAGCUUUAGAAUAGGAGAUCGUACCCGUAGGCUUUUGAACCAUUUGGUAAUCAUUGCAUUGGACCGCAAGGCAUUUACACGCUGUCAGGUUUUGCAUACCCAUUGUUUUUCUCUUGUUAGUGAAGAAGCUGACUUUCAAAAAGAAGCUUACUUUAUGACUCCUCGCUACUUAUUGAUGAUGUGGAGAAGGAUUGAUUUCCUACGUUCUAUUCUUGAGAUGGGGUACAAUUUUGUGUUCACUGAUGCCGAUGUCAUGUGGUUUAGGGACCCAUUUCCAUUGUUUCACCUUGAUGCGGAUUUCCAGAUAGCGUGUGAUUAUUUCACUGGUACCUUUGAUGAUGUACAGAACAGACCCAAUGGAGGGUUCAAUUUUGUAAAGUCCAAUAAUAGGUCAAUAGAGUUUUAUAAAUUCUGGUACUCUUCACGAGAAACCUAUCCUGGAUACCACGAUCAAGAUGUCCUAAAUUUCAUCAAGGUUCACCCUUUCAUUACUGAUAUUGGACUGAAGAUGAGAUUCUUGGAUACAGCUAAUUUUGGUGGGCUUUGUGAACCAAGUAGGGAUUUAAAUCAAGUAUGUACGAUGCAUGCAAAUUGUUGCUUUGGUAUGGAUAGCAAGCUUCACGAUCUUAGAAUUAUGCUUCAGGAUUGGAAACAUUUUUUGUCAUUGCCUCCAAGUUUGAAGAAAUUGUCGGUUGUUUCCUGGAGGGUUCCUCAGAAAUGCAGUCUUGAUUCUCUCAGUCACCAUGGUUCACCAGAGAAGAGUGUAGAAGAUUAA